AUGAAAGACAAUAGACGUGUGCUUCAAGUGCUGCUGACAUUGCUCGCAACUCUGCAGCUGAGCAAGCAGUAUUGCUAUCUAAUGAAACCCUUGAAUUUCACGGUGUGGGACACGCCCAACUAUGGACUGGAGAUGAAACUGUAUGAGAAAAACAAUUCGUUGUCAUCGGUGACAACGGUGCGCAAAGAAGUCCCCAUACCACUGUGGCAUCUGGUGCUCGUCCAACAUCCGAGCAGGCGACGCGCCAAUCGCCUCGAACAGCCGCGAACUCUGUACAAUUCAUCGGUGAAGACCUGCGAAUUCUGGAAGUACAUACGACGUGUGAAUGCGUGGAAUAAUGCGGCAAAGCUGAUGCUCUCCGGUGCGGGGAGCAACAUGAGUUUGGCCUGUCCGCUGAAGACGGGCGUGUAUACGAUGAAUGUGAUUCAGAUACCGCCCGAUACGGCGAUAUUGAAGUUCAUGUAUCAACCGAACACCAUCUAUUCCAUACGUGGCACUGUCCAUUCCCUCAAUCCCAAGGACGGCGUCAGUCGUCAUCCCAUCUGUCAUUACGAGGUGAACGCAACCAUUUACAAGACGUGUUGAGCUGACG